ACAAGUUUUACGUGGAGGAUUGAAAGUGUGUGAAGUUAUACAUAACAGUGCUAAUAAUGGAAAAAAUUAUAUAUUUAUUGUCUUUGGCUUUCGUUUGCUCAUAUGCAGGUACUAUAGAUCAGACUGACAAUUCUUUAUCAGGAAGAAUUCUAAAUGGCCAACAUGCUACACACCAGCAAUUCAAUUAUACGGUUUCCAUUCAACGCCUUAGUGAAAUUUCCACUCAUGGAUUUGGACAUAAGUGUGGUGGUGCAUUAAUCACAUACCAACAUGUCUUGACAGCUGCCACCUGUACAUACAGCAUUAGUUUUAACGGCGACAUCUUAACAAUUAACCCAAGCGAAUUUAGAGUAUUUGCAGGCUCAGUUUUUCUAUCAAAUGCUACCAGUGACAGAAUAAGACUUAUAACCAAUUACUUUGUACAUCCCGAACAUAUAAUCGCACCGUCUCAUGUCAACGAUAUCGCUAUUCUUAAUUUGACAUUGCCCUUCGCGUUAUCAGUUGUAACACCACUACCAUUACCAUCUGGAAAUUUCUCUCCGUCUGAUUUUACUCGGUGCACAGUUGCUGGCUGGGGUGCAUGGACUACUGGAUCUACGACGCCUUCCGAACAGCUACGAUUUUCCAAUACAUAUAUUUACAAUCAAGAUGAAUGCAGAGGAUUAGUUCAUAAUGCGCAAAAUUUAGGAAACCUUUUGCCUACCAUGAUAUGCGCGGCACAUUUUAAUGUCCUUGCUAAAACAUGUUUGGGUGAUAAAGGUAAUCCAUUGGUAUGUGGUGGAACCUUAACUGGCAUAUCAUUCUUACCAACUGAUUGUCUGACCUCUACUAAUAUAACACCAGUGUUGCCAGAAGUUUACACCAGGGUUUCUAAUUAUACUACAUGGAUAAGAAGUAUUACAAGCUCUGCGCCUACUGUCAGACUAGGAUUAUACGCUUUAUUAUUGCUCUCACUAUUUCAUGGACUUUUUCUGAAAAUAGUGAACUAAGUGAACAUUUGUGAUUAAAUUUUGAUAAAUGCUCCUGUCACCACACGAGCUGCAGGUAUUAUUUUUAAUAUAAUUAUCCAAGUGGAUUUUUCAGUUGCAACGUAACUUAAACAUUAUUUAUACAACAAUCUAAUCUGCGGUAAGUGGAUAAGAAGUUUUUAUCAAACGGUACGGUACAAAUUUUAAUUAUAAGUAUUCUUAAUUGGUCGCUGCAUAGAAGCAUUAUAGAUAAAAGAAUUGUAAAGCUAGUAUGUAUCUAAUUGAAAUUAUAGUUUAAGUGAGUAAUAAGAAUUUUUUUUCUCAUCUCAUUUCAGGUUUGAAUCCCACAAGGUUAAUUUGAUAAUAAUUUUAAAU